CGUUCGAAGCUGUUACUGGGGCCAGAAGCUUCUGUCUGCUUCAUCAUCACUAGUGUGUUCAUCAGUAAGGAGACCAGAUCCAAACGGUCGGGGUUCAGUUUAGGCGCCCGUUGAUCAUAGGCUUCUCAUUCACUGCACGUUCAUCAGCUCCUCAUCAAGUUUGUUCUUUGACGCGUUGAAACGCGUGCGUUAGAGUCUGACUGGAUUCACGGAAAAUACCAAUACAGGCAGUUUACAGUUAAAGCUUCAUCUAUAAUAACAGGAAAAAGUUUGAGGUGCCGGAGGACGUGAUGCGGAGCAGGCUGCGGAGCCGGCGCGGGACAGUGACGCGUCCAAAGCGCCCAGCACAACCAGCGAGAGACACGUCUCCAUCCAGACCAGACUGGAAGGACUGGAGAUGCUGGUCGACCUCAACGGGGCGGGACGCAAGUCGUGUCCUCUCUGUCCGGAGGAGAAGUUCAAAGCCUGUUACAGCCACAAACUGCGUCGACACCUGCAGAACCUUCACUGGAAGGUUUACGUGGAGUUUGAAGGUCAGAAGAUGUGCAUCUGCCACCUGCCCUGCAGAGACGUGAAGCCCGGCCUGAGGGGAGAUCAGCCGCCGGGCAGACACGUGGCCCACUACCACUGCGUGGUGUGCUCCGUCACCAUCGCCCGCAAGACCGACAUGAUGAGCCACCUCAAACGCCACGUCAACAAAGGGGAGACGGAGGCCAGCUACUCGGCCAGCGCCGACGGCCCGUUUGAGGAGCCGGCUCCGUCGGGUCACGCCUACGAAAUCAUGAAGGAACUGGGGACCAACGUCCAGCUGCUGCCAAACCACAGCACCCCUCAGAAGAGCGACACCUACUUCAACCGCAAGAUGAAGAGCAACAGGCAGCUGGUCUUCUGUUCGCUGGCGGUUCUGGCCGAGGAGAGGAGCCCGCUGGAGUGUCUGGAUGCUUUUGGAGCCACAGGGAUCAUGGGCCUCCAGUGGGCCAAGCACCUCCGGACCUCGGUCAGAGUCACCAUAACCGACAUCAGCGACACGUGCGUCAAAAUGAUCAGGGAGAACUGUGAGCUGAACAGCAUCCGCGUGGAGGGAAGCUCACGGGGGCCGAGCGGCGACGGCGAGGGAGUUCCCACCGCGGCGGUGGAGGUGGCCAAGAUGGACGCCAACGUCAUCAUGCACCUGCGGCCGUUUGAUUACAUCCACUUGGACCCGUUCGGCACCGCCGUGAACUACCUGGACGCCGCCUUCAGAAACGUGCGGAACCUGGGCAUCAUCUCGGUGACGUCCACGGACACCGGCUCCCUUUACGCCAAGUCUCCCAACGUGACGCUGCGCCACUACGGCUGCCACAUCGUGCGCACAGAGUACUACAAGGAGCUGGCGGCCCGCAUGCUGGUGGCCACCGUGGCCAGGGCGGCGGCUCGCUGUAACAAAGGCAUCGAGGUGCUGCUGGCCGUGGCCCUGGAGCAUUUCGUCCUGGUGGUGGUGCGGGUCCUCAGAGGGCCCACGCAGGCCGACGACUCGGUCAAGAAGUUACGGAAACUGGUCCACUGUCAGUGGUGUGAGGAGAGGGUGUUCCUCAAACUAGGAAACAUGGUGGACGAAACGCUGCCCUGCGACUGCCACGGGACGCUGCCGGGGAAGACGGCCGUCCACCUGGGUCCCUUAUGGGCCGGGGCUCUGUUCAACACCGGCUUCCUGAGGAGGAUGCUCUCUGCAGCCGUGCAGCACAGCAUGGACGACAUCCAGCCGCUGGUCAAAACCCUCAUCUGCGAGUCGGAAUGCACCACGCUCAAGACCUCCGCCCACGGCUCCUCGGCCGUGAGCGGCCAGGGUCGGUGUGACCGUGGCCCGUGUGCUGCCGUGUGCCCUGAGACCGCUUCUCACACGUCUGUUUCCUCUGCAGUGGAGUGCGGCGUCGUCAUUCGGACUCUGCAGAGCGGCGACGACGCCGGUCCGGCUGAUCCGUGCGGGAAGAGGAAAACUGGGGAGGAAUCUGGGAAUGUGAUGAAGAAGCUCAAGUCCGAUGUGUCUCUGGAACACCCGCCCUUCUACUACAGCAUCCACCGCCACAGCAUCCGAGGCAUGAACAUGCCCAAGUUGAACAGGUUCCUGCAGUACCUGACCGAGGCCGGCUUCAGGGUGGCUCGGACUCACUUCGACCCGACGGGGAUCCGAACUGAUGCCACGCUGGUGCAGUUUAAAUCGGUCCUCACCAAGUACAGCGUUCCCACGGCCGCGGGCGCCCAGACCAGCGUCGACACGGAGAACGCGGCCUGAGUCCGAGUCCGAGUCCGAGUCCGAGGCCCGAGUCCGAGGCCCGAGUCCGAGGCCCGAGUCCGAGGCCCGAGUCCGAGGCCUCCUUCCAGAACACGGUUCUGAUGUCUGAUGCACUGGGAUCUAAAAACUGCUUCAUGUUUGCUUUUACUCCAACAAAGAAAUGAAUGAAUCUAAGUCGGACACAUGUUGAUUUUUACCUUCCAGUCUCUCAUUUAGCGUCCACAUUGUACAAGCAGCAGCAUAAUGAAAUGAUGAAUGGCUGUUUUAUUAAACCACAAUAAAAUCUUUCCGUACAGACAUGAAAACAA